CUAGAUAUCCUGGACAUCCAGGCCAAUCUGUGGGAGCCUCAGAAGAAAGGACUUCCCCUCUGGGCAGAGGGAUUGAUGUUCUUCUACUGUUACAUCUUGCUCCUUGUGUUGCCAUGCGUGUCCUUGAGUGAGAUCAGCAUGCAGGGCAUCAACAUUGUACCCCACAAGAUGCUCCUGUAUCCCAUCCUCAGCCUAGUGACCAUCAACAUCAUCACUCUAUUUAUCCGUGGGGGAAACAUGAUCUUCUACAGGGACGCCAGGGUAUCUGGGAUCCUGAUUGGGAAGAACAUCCUGGCAAUCAUUCUAAAGACCUGCAGCUUUGUGCAGUACAGGAGACAGUUGCAGAAUGCUCCUCCCGCCUUUGGGGUUGAGCUGCAGAAAAAACUCUAUGGCACAUGCUCGACCCGCCCCCCCACUCCCCAAGUGGUCAUGCAGGACCAGACACCACUCCCUGAGGUGACAACAUGUGAACAUACAUGACAGAGUAACAACUGAAUUCUGGAUAUUUCAAUUUGAACACACAUGACCCUCAGGAUGCUGGCAGGGCACAAAAAUACAAACUUUGUUAGGGCAUGUGAACAUCUCAAUUUCAGUUUAUGGCACACAGGAUGCUGCAGGCGUCAAUAGUGACAGCAGAUCCAAAGCUGCCAUGGUGCAAAA